UUUUCUCAAGUAUACCUUGCAUUGGUCAACCUUUAGCUUAUCUACCCCACCAUCUGUAAUUCAAAAUAAAAGUAAAGUUUCAAAGGCUGGCACUCGUUAAUCAAUAUAACAAAUAUUAAUAACAAUAACCAAGUUGAACCAUAUAAGAUAGAAUUUCAUGCUCUCAUUCACCAGUGCCUGAUGUUGAAAAUAACAAAGUUCUUACUCCUUGGCGGUCGAUCUUCUGGUGCGAGGCGCCAUAGUGAUAGAAAGAUGCGAAUUCUGUCUGACUUGCUACACGGGUUUUCCUUUCUCCUUGAUGACGGAGAGAAGUGGGUAAGGGACUCGGUUUUAACGGUCAGUAUUUCAAAAUUGUAAAAGGGGCGGACAAGCGACUCAGAUUGUGGGUCGAAAGUUCAUCGAACAAAAUAAAACUCUCGGGUCUGAUAUCAAACAUGAAAAGGUAAUUAAGGAAAAAAAAAUAGAAGGGAAAAACGAGAAAACAGAGUGAGAGAGAAACAAGAAAAACAAGAUUACGUGGUUCGAAGGAACCCACGUCCACGGUGAAAAAGGUUGAAGACUAUGUGCGGGAUUUUGACGUUCAUGGAUGGCAUGUGUCCUCUCAUCAUUUGAACCAAUCUUUCCAUUGUGGUUUUUGCUGAGAACGUUGGACUUGCUGUUCAAGGUCUUUCCCUUGCCGUCAUUGGAUUUGGGCGUUUUUCCCUUGCUGUCAUUGUUGGAUUUGGGCGUUCCGUUGAAUUGUUGCCUGCCAUUUUGGAUUGAUUGGAGACGUUUGAAUGUAGAUUGCCAUACCUGUCGUUGGGCAGCUUUGAGGCGUUAGCUAUCGUGGAAGAAUUUGAAAACGAUGCCCUGUCAUGACUUUUCCAUUGCUUUCCAUUGUCGAGUGCAGCGAACCUUGGGAUCCAGUUUCCUAGAACCAUUUAAUUUACAGGUAAAACUGCAUAUUUGGAUACCGACUUUUUCUUGCAGCGAAAGGGGUUGCAGCACCAAAGCUCGAAAGGCAGUAGCUAAGAGUUCUAUCAGAUACAAAGCCAUAAUGAAGACGCUUUUCCAAGGAACGCACCUCUUGGACACGAUGUUCGGAACAAGAUAUGAUACAAUUAUUAUCUGUUCAAGCAACAAUAUUGGAGUACGAAACCAAUCAAGAGCUUCUGAAAUUGCCUGAUCCCCCCCGUUGGUGACCGUCCAGUCUGUGGAGGGCGACAUGGCAAUCGACGGCGCCGCUAGGAGGAUGUCUGUGCUUGCUGAGGAGCAGAGGGUGAAGGCUAAGGCAGAGAAGCUAGAGAAGAAGAGGAAACAGCCGAAGGGAUUUGGAAUUCCUGUUGGUGACGCUCAAAACAUCAAAGACCGCCUUUGUACAGUGGAAGAUGUGGUCUGUUCAUCUAGGAAGGAAUUCUUACAGAUUAAAGGGAUUAGAAAGGCAAAACUUGAGAAGAUUGUUGAAGCAGCAUCGAAGCUGUCCCUAGGUGCUAGUCAGAUACAUGCUCAACGAAAAAUCAUUCAGAUAACUUCUGGUUCCAGAGAACUGGACAAGAUUUUAGAAGUUUGUGCAGGUGGAUUUAAAACUGGUUCAAUUGCUGAGAUAUGUGGGAAAUACGGUUCAGGAAAAACUCAGUUGUGUCACACAUUGUGUGUCACUUGCCAACUCCCUUUGGAUCGAGGAGGUGGUGAGGGAAAAGCAUUAUACAUUGAUACAUGUGGUACAUUCAUGACAGAGCGACUCCUAGAGAUUGCGGAAAGAUUUGGAUUAAAUGGUGCGGAGGUGUUGGAGAAUGUCUUUUGUGCUAGAGCCUAUAAUACUGAUCAUCAAUCAAUGUUGCUUCGAAAAGCAGCCUCAAUGAUGAUGGAAACCAGGAUUGCUCUCAUGAUUGUGGAUAGUGCGACGGCUCUAUACCUGAGAGAUUUUUCAGGAAGAGGAGAACUCCCAGCAGCGCAAAUGCAUCUUGCUAAGUUUCUCGGAAGCCUGCAGAAGCUCGCUGAUGAGUUUGGUGUAGCAGUCGUGAUAACUAAUCGGGUCGUUACAAAAGUUGAUGGAUCUGCUGGCCGCAAAAUCAAGCCCAUUUUUGGCAACAUUAUUGGACGUGCUUCUACCACGAGGGUUGCUCUACGGGAGGGGAGUGGAGAAGAGCGCUUCUGUGAAGUAGUAAACUCUGGAUGCGUAGUUAAGGCUGAAGCAUACUUUCGGAUCUUCGGGGGAGGAGUGACUGAUGUUGAGGACUGUGAGACGCAAGGAGGCAAGGACAACUGACACAUUGUCUUAUAUUUAAUCCCCAUGGGAAGAGUGACUAUUGUUUGGAAUCCAACGGGUUAUUUUCUGAAUUCCUGAAGAUGGAACUAAGUACCUUUAAGUCACAAGUGCUGCUGUUUUUUGAAUUCAUUAGGGCGCCUUACUUAUCACGUUGGUCUUGGGCAUGAAAUGUAUUUCAUAAGAUCAAAAGUACCUCACUUUCUUUCAUUUUUCA